CACCAUGCGUCUGGCGCUGGCAACAAUCCUCAUCGUGCUCCAGCAUGCGGCGCAGCUCCCGUGCCGGUCGGUGACGCGCGCGCCCCCUCCCGCCCGCCCCGCGCCCCUCGCCUCACCAUCAUCCCGUGAGGACCUAGAAGCCAUCAUCGCGCGCAACCGAGAAAUCACCGACCUGCUCAUACCGCUUCUCGAAGCCAACCUCGAAGCGAAAAGGCACGACCAGAACAAACGAAACGACCUACUCAAAGUCUUCCCCUACAAAAAUGCUAAAUCCAGAAAAAACCCCGUCGUCGAACUCCUACCGCUGUCCAAACGGAAGACCACGGAACACAAAGCACCGUUAGCUCUCAUACUGGCCUCGGAACUGAGGCACAGCGGCAAGAAGGGACGAAGGAAAGUUCAGAAAGCAUUUUUCAUCCAGAACGAGGAUAAGGUCAGCAGUUCUGAAGAGGAUUACGAUUAUGACGUCAGAAAGAAAAGUAAACAUCAGAGAGUUUCAAAUAAAAAUGUAAAUUCGGAGGAGGAUUCUGAUGAAAUUGAAAGCAAUCAUAGAACAACUAACCGUCUACAUAAAAACCAACAUGUAAGUAAAGCCCGCACAUCUUAUAAAACCGAAACAGACGAAAAUGCUAGUAAAAAUAGUCACUCGGAAGACUCUAACGAAAGUGAGACGUCAGAACAUAAAGCUCAGAAAUAUAAUGAAAAGGAAACAAGUGAAGAACUUGAUGAAUAUGUGCAUAAAAAGAACCAAAGAAAUGAAAACAGCCACGAAAGAGCAAAUGACGACGUCAGUGAAGAAUCUGAUGAAAGUGUCGAUUCCGAGAAAAAAGAACAAUCAAAACAUGAAAGCAAACAAACCGAUCAGAGCUCAAGAUCUGAGAAUGAAUUUGUUAUUAAGUCGUCCAAUGAAAAGAAAACAUCUCAAACAAGUCAAGAACAUCAUGCUGAUAAAAGCAGUUCACAGGAGGAUGAACAUAGUGAGAGUCGCGAAGUAGAAGAAAAACAUGGAACUGGUAGACAUAGUUCAUCUGAAUCUACGGAUUCAGGCAGUAUACAUUCCCACGAAAGUAAAUAUACGGAUGGUAUACAAAGCUCGAAGGAAAGUGACCUUCGUGGUGAGAGUAGUGAAGUAAAAGAAAGGUAUGGAAGUGAUGAAUCUACGUUAUCAGAAAAGUCAAGCCAUGAAAAAUCACAUAAAAGAAAAUAUGAGAGUGACGGUGACGAUGUAAGUGACUCAGAGGAAAAUCGACAAAGUAAACAUCAUGAAGAAGUAAGAGAAGAGCAUAGAAGUGGAGAAAUUAGUUCAUCAAACAUUGAUGAUAAUGAAUUUUCCUUCGAAAGAAAAUACAAGAAUGGAGGUGACGAUACAAGCGGUUCAAAGGAAAAUGAACAAAAGAAACUCCAUAGUGAGAGUAACGAAGAUAAAGAAAGGCAUGGAAGUGAUGAAUAUAAUUCUCCUGAAUACUUGGAUUCAGGCGAUGAAAGUAAAGAACAUAAAUAUAAAAGUGAAGAAGAUGAUGACAGUCAGUCAGAUGAACAUCAAGAGUCCUCUGAUUAUUAUAACGAUGAAGACAAUGAUCUUCAUUCAGAAGAGUAUGAGGACGAUAAUGAUUACGUUACCAUUGAAAAUAACAGUAAAGCAAGUAAUAAAGAUUACAUAGAAGAUUUUGAGGAAUACGAAAGCCAUGAAAACGCCAGUGAAGGUGAUUCGAAAUCCAGUGAACAAUCCUUAGACAAAGCAGAUGAACCAACUCGCGCAGAGACCUCGGAGGACGACGCUCCGUCCGUACACGAUGAUGAUGUGAACACAAUUGAAGUGAUCGACAACGGCAAUAAUACUAUCGAAAAUAUCGAUUCAAAAACGCCUAAAAACGACUCAAAUACUGAAAAACAUGUCACUUUAAGCGAAGAAAUAGCAGAAAAAUACGCAGAUAACUCCGAAUACACAGUUGAAAACGACAAGUCUUUGAUACAAACCUCUGGCGAACUCGCUAGAUUCAACGCCGAGUCCGUGGAAGGUUCGAUCGAAGUCCGGCGAAACGACGAGAAAAGCGAAGAAAAUAAAUGUAAAGAAAAGGAAAAUGUUGAAAGCAGACGUGGCGAAGAACCAGUGGUGAAAUCCAACCCCCACCAAGUUCACAAAUCUUAUAAACUUUCGUUUAGGUUCAAUAAAUAAGAUACCAAUGACUUAAAAAUGACCUUGGCGUGAACACGGUUUGAAGUAAACUAGUUACUCUGUUUAAAACUUCUGCAUAAAGUGACAAUGCACCGAUUUUUAUGUAGUGCUUGUUUAUUAAAGAACUAUUAGGUAUUAAAGUAACUAAAUUAUGCAACUAAUAACUGCACAAUUUCUUCCCAUUUAAGUACCUAAUCGUAGAUAAUUAUGUACGAGUAUUGUAGUACUUGAAAACAUACAUGUGAAAGAAAUAUGACAAGAAUAGACAGGAAUAUUCCAAUUGUUGAAAUCUACAUAGUAUAAAACAUAACCCUCCUUCUGGCGCAGUCGGGUAAAUACAUACCUUGUUGUUAUACUUACCUAAAUACCUAAGCCUAUACCACAGUACUUACAAUUACAUAGCUUAAAGUUAACAAAAGUUUAAACCUCGACAUCAUUAAAAUUUCGGGACGACAUACUGGCUGACAUUAUUAUUUUUUAAUUAGGUACUUAGUAUUUUAUUUAAAUUUGCAGUAACUUUAAACAGAGUAGCUUCCAUCCCUUAGAGAUAAGUGACACAGCAAGUACAAAACGAUUUUGGAUCUCUUUUUAUUUUAAGUUUUGUGGCAGAAUUAAAUUCGAUAUUAUCGA